AUGACUGCAUUAGUCUCUCUCCAAGGCUCCUUGAAGAGGAAGUUGGUGGUAAAUCUGUCACCUGUCAACAACAAGAGGCCCAAUGGUGUUUCAGACAGCUCUUUCCUUGACAUUAAAAGGAUAAGAGUGGGUGAUAAUAUCUCAGUGGGACAAGGUGGACAGCAUGUUAACAAUUGCCAGAGCCAGUCAAUGUCAGGAACUAUGUCUGUGGGGCAAGGACCUCAAAGAAAGGCCAGCAGCCUAGCAAACAAUACACAUGCUAGUGGGAAUGGCAUGUUUAAUAUGACUUUGAAAGAGGUAAAGAAAGAACCAGGAGAAACAAUGUCCUGCAGCAAACACUUAGAUGGCCAGACGUCCCAUGAGAACAUGUUCCCUAACAGAUAUGGGGAAGACUCGUGGGAACAAAUGAUGGAUCUGGAGCUUCAGGAACUAUUUAAUGAACUGACUAACAUAUCAGUGCCACCAAUGAGUGAUCUUGAGCUAGAGAAUAUGAUAAAUGCCACGAUAAAACAAGAUGAGCCAUUCAACAUUGACCUUGGGCAGCAGAGCCAGAGGGGCCCUGCAAGAUCUCUGCAGAUGGAUAAGAUGGUGAUAAAGAGUGAAUAUGCACCAGGCAUGAAUCAGGCUCCCGUGGGCUCCCCACAGAUGAGGCCUUCUUCUACAGGUCCAGCCUUCACUAUGGCCACUGCUGCCAUGUCCACCUCUUCACCCAUCCCUUCGGUGCCUCAGAGUCAAACACAGGUAUCGCAGGUUUCUUCUGCAUCCAGUCGGCCAUUGCCUAACUGGCAGGAGGUGUCUCAUGCACAGCAGCUCAAGCAGAUCGCAGCCAACCGGCAGCAGCAUGCCUUGAUUCAGCAGCAGCAGCAGCAGCAGAACCAGACGGCUAACUGGUCCACCUUGUCUCCAUCAGGACCUUCCCCUGGACCCUUUGUGCAAGAGAAAAUCCCCAGUCCUUCUUUUCGCCAGCAGCAGUUCAGCCCACAAAGCUCAGCAAUGCUUGGGGUACCAGUGAAUGGAAACCAGUCGAAAGGGAUGAACAACUAUGUUUAUAAACCAACCACUCCCCAGAGCAAUCCCAUGGACAUAAUCAUGCAACAGAAGCCUCAGGACCUCAACAGAAACUUUAUCAAUAGCGCUCAGCCACCACUAGAGCAGCAUCAUGGCAACACAAAGCCUUUGUUUCACUUUAACUCAGAGCAAACAAACCAGCAGAUGCCUUCAGUUUUGGGUUCCCAAAACAAGCCUGCCCUUCUGCACUACACACAGCAGGCACAGGGUUCAGCCCCCAUGCAACAGCCACAGCAACAGCAGCAACAACAGCCACAACCGCAGCCUGCUCAGCCUCUCCUGAACCAGUCUCUUCAAAGGCCACCUAACGUACCCCUAGCAAUGCAGCAAAAAAUGAUGCUUCAGAAAAUGCAGCAAAGCCAGCAAAUCUCAGGUUUGCAGUAUCCGGUCUCUCAGCAGCAUAGACAG